AUGCCCAGGAAAACUGCCCAAGCCGGUCCUCGUCCCUCCGCCGUCAUAGAACCUCACAUGACGGACUCCGAUCCACUCCCUCAAGCAGCUUCGAAACCUCAGAAGGUUAUCGUUGUGCUCAAUGCCACUGGCAGGCAAGCAUCUAGCGUAGUUCGAGUUGCAUCGGCGGUCGGCUACAAGGUACGCGCUCAGCUUCGAUCACUAUCUAAAGAUCUACAACUUUCGGCAGAGCUGUCUCAGCUUCCUAAUGUUACCCUUAUCGAGGGUUCUCUGGACGACGCCGAGUUUGUUUCUACAUUGUUCGUGGGCGCUCAAUAUGCCUUCGUAAACACAACCCCAUAUGCAUGGACAGAUGAGGUAGCGACCGGAAAGGCGCUAGCACUUGCGGCGCACAAGGCAGGCAUCAGGCAUUAUAUUUUCUCGUCUUUAACCGAUCAUUCUACACAUGAUGAGCCAAUGGCGCCAUUGCCCUUGUGGGCAACGAAGUUCACAGUGGAGCAGUACAUCCGCCAGCUUGGCAUGCCAUCAACCUUUGUGUAUGUCGGAUGUUACCAUAACAAUUUCUCAUCUAGACCGUACCCAUUAUGGCAAUUGACACCGAAACCCGACGGAAGUUUUGUGUGGAAGGCGCCAUUCCCACCAGAUUACCCCAUCCCCUUUAUCGAUACGGAACACGACCUGGGGGCUGCGGUCAUUCAAAUUUUGAAGGACGGUGUUAAGAAGUGGGGUGGACAACGAAUCCCGCUAGCCUUUGAGGUCCUUACACCCCUACAGGUUUGCCAUCGAUUCAGCAAAGGUCUUGGGCGACCAGUAAAUUACCAACCCCAUCCGCUAGAAAUCAGCAUUCCCAUCCCCAUCGGCUACCGCGACCAGCUUGAAGGCAUUGUAAAUGUCCUCUGUGAGCAACGCGCCCCAUACUUUAGGCCGGAAAUGGAGGAUAUGGUUCCAUCAAUAUCAAGGCAGCUAUGGCCAGGUUGGAGGGGGAUGGAGGAAUAUGCCAGGGAGGUGUGGCCUAUUGAAGAGAGAGCAAACGGAGCACCCUGGAUUCAAAGUGGCAUUGCCACUCCCAUGAGUGAGGGUAUCCCGGAGGACUAG